AUGGAAAUUAAAGAAAUAAGGAAAUGCAACUUUUAUUUAAACUCUAAAUCCCGUAGUUGUAAAUUUCCGAUAUUUGGUGAUUCUAUUUACUGUAUAUUCCACUUACGAAUAAUAGAUAAUAUACAAGUCAUUCAAGAUAAAAACUCCCAUAAUAAGAAUAUUAAAGAUAAGCUUAUACUUUGUCCAAUAGAUCAUAAACACUAUAUUUCAAUUACUAAUAUAUUAUCUCAUAUUCGGAAGUGCUCUAAAGUAAGAGAUAUUGCAUAUGAAUUAUCUCAACCGUUUUGUAUACAAACAAGUGAGCCUCCUCUAACUCUUCAGAAUAAAUUUCAAGCAUUACUAGAUAUACAAAAUUUUAUUAAAUCUACUAAUAUAGACAAGAUUUGUGAAGAAAGUCUAAAUAGUAGAAGAAAUGAUUUGAUAACAAACCUUGAGUCAAAAUUAGAAUUUUUGGAUUUGUUAUAUAGGGAAUGUCUUCAUCAUCUACCCUAUAACCCUCAUGAAGUUGAAAAAAUAGAUAAUAAGCUUGAAGAAACUAUAAAUAAUCAGAUUCCACGAAAUAAACAUGAUAUACAAGCUUUUGAUAUCUUUAAUACAUGCCUUAAAGAUGGAUUUAUUCAAAAUAAAGAGAAUAGAUUUGAUUAUAAUACUUCAAAGUGUAUGUUUGUAGAAUUUGGAGCUGGUAAUGCAUUACUAACUCAUUGGUUUAUUAAACUUAUAAUAGAGAAUAUACAAAAGAAUUCAGGAAGUACACAGAUCAGUGAUUUACGUGCCAUAUUAAUUGAUAAGGAAUCUAGAAGAAAACAGCUUGAAAAACAUAGUAAAUUUAUCAAAAGCUUAAGAUUAAGAUUAGAUAUUGAAACAUUUGAUUUUAAAUCUUUAAUUGAAGCCUGUGAAACAGGUAAUAGUGAUUUGAUGUAUCUUUCAUUUUUUAAUGGACAUAUUCCCUGGUUACUGGAAUAUUUAGUUAAAGCGGAUAUAUGGAUUCCUAAUAUUCCAAAAGAUGUAAAUCCUUUAGAAUAUUUAAGGAAGAUAGAGCCAAAUAAAUUAAAAGAUAUUUUAACUCUUUUAUCUCGUGGAGGAGGUCCCAAUAUUAAGAAGAUUGAAGAUAAUAUCAAAGAUAAUAUCAUUAAUCGCCCAAUUAAUCAUCUUUUUAUUCUUGCAAAACAUCUCUGUGGAUGUGGUUUCGAUUUAGCACUAACAUCAUCCAUUGACGCAAUACAAAAACUUAAUAGUGGUUCUACUGUAUAUAUUACUAUGGCAGGAUGUUGCCAUCACCGCUGUAAUUUCAAGCAGCAUCUUGGAGCUGAAUUAAUUACAUCAUCUAAAUGGAAAAGUUAUUUCAGUUCAGAUGAAGAUUGUUUUAAUUUCAUUACUUUUAUUUCAUCAUGGGCUACAGGAGCCACUGAUUGGCGUCAAAAUGAAGGCUACAAAGCCAAAUUUAUACUUGAUACAUGUCGGAUACAAUGGCUUAGGUCUAAAGGGUUUAUGAAUGUCAAACUAAUCAAUUACACAAAUAAACAUGUAACACCAGAAAAUGUAUUAUUAAUUGCAUCCAAACAAAUAUAA